AGCAAGGAAAUUAACCUCAAGUUUGGGAAACAUCAGUUAAAUGCUUUUGUGACUUCAUCACCAUCUACUCAGGGAAGAACAUUACUAUUCAAGCCUCUUGUUCGUCUGAGACUCAGGAACUUCUAAACCAAGAAAGGAAGAAACCAAGCGGGUUAUUUACGAGUUUCUUCCCUCUCGUGGUUUUAAACCACUGCAAAAUAAACUCGUUUGUUACAGCCCAACCACUGCAAAAUAAACUCGUUUGUUACAGCCCCGGGGACCAAGCCUGGGCGACUUAACCCGGCUUCUCAGGGUCUGCGCGGCCGGCCUCCCGCGCCCCCUAGCGGACUUGCGUGACAGUGCGGCCCGGGUCCCCGGCGGCAAAAAAACCGGCCACCUGCAGACAGCGCCUCAGCCAGACGCCGUCGGUUCGCACAGCCUGGGCGGCGCUCCCCUCUCGCCUUCUGUAAGCAUCCAGCCACCACCAGCGAGGCUGCUGCGGGGCGAAGAGAUUCCAACCGAGAGCCAGAGACCAAGCACAGUGUCAGAUUAGGUGUCGCCCGCAGCCAUCCCAACCAGGGCGGGGAGCGCACGCGAAUUUGGGGCGGUCAGCGGACGUGCAACUUCUCCGCGGAGCCAAUUUGAGGCUCACCUGCGGACUCGGUGCAGGCUCGGUCCCAGCAGGCGCGUCUGCGGAGUCUCGGCGGCAGCUCCAGGUGCCCCCGCGGCCCGCCCUGCCCGUGGGUUCGGCCCCGCCCCGCGGAGCCUCACCUUAAAGAGCUCCGAGGCCAGGGCGCGCCGCUGCGGCCGGGGGCAUGGAGGGCGCGCUCGCCGCCAACUGGAGCGCCGAGGCGGUGAACGCGAGCGCGGCGCUGCCGGGGGCCGAAGGCAACCGCACCGCCGGGCCGCCGCGGCGCAACGAGGCCCUGGCGCGCGUGGAGGUGGCGGUGCUGUGCCUCAUCCUCUUCUUGGCUCUGAGCGGCAACGCGUGCGUGCUGCUGGCGCUGCGCACCACGCGCCACAAGCACUCGCGCCUCUUCUUCUUCAUGAAGCACCUGAGCAUCGCUGACCUGGUGGUGGCCGUGUUCCAGGUGCUGCCGCAGCUGCUGUGGGACAUCACCUUCCGCUUCUACGGGCCGGACUUGCUGUGCCGCCUGGUCAAGUACCUGCAGGUGGUGGGCAUGUUCGCCUCCACCUACAUGCUGCUGCUCAUGUCGCUCGACCGCUGCCUGGCCAUCUGCCAGCCGCUGCGCACGCUGCGCCGCCGCACCGACCGCCUGGCGGUGCUCGCCACGUGGCUGGGCUGCCUAGUGGCCAGCGCGCCGCAGGUGCACAUCUUCUCGCUGCGCGAGGUGGCCGACGGCGUCUUCGACUGCUGGGCGGUCUUCAUCCAGCCCUGGGGGCCCAAGGCCUACAUCACGUGGAUCACGCUGGCCGUCUACAUCGUGCCGGUCAUCGUGCUAGCCGCCUGCUACGGCCUGAUCAGCUUCAAGAUUUGGCAGAACCUGCGCCUCAAGACGGCUGCAGCCGCCGCGGCGGAGGCCCCCGAGGGCGCAGCCGGGGGCGGCGGAGGUCGGGUGGCUCUGGCUCGCGUCAGCAGCGUCAAGCUCAUCUCCAAGGCCAAGAUCCGAACGGUCAAGAUGACCUUCAUCAUCGUGCUGGCUUUCAUCGUGUGCUGGACGCCUUUCUUCUUCGUGCAGAUGUGGAGCGUCUGGGAUGCCGAGGCACCCAAGGAAGCCUCAGCCUUCAUCAUCGCCAUGCUCCUGGCCAGCCUGAAUAGCUGCUGCAACCCCUGGAUCUACAUGCUCUUCACGGGCCACCUCUUCCACGAACUUGUGCAGCGCUUCCUCUGCUGCUCCUCCAGCGACCUGAAGGGCAACCGACCUGGAGAGACCAGCUUCAGCAAAAAGAGCAAUUCAUCUUCCUUCGUCCUGAGCCGCCGCAGCUCCAGCCAGAGGAGCUGCUCCCAGCCAUCCAUGGCAUGACCCACUGGCCCGGGCCAGGGCUGCCUCUGCCCCCAGGCUCCAGUUGUGCUGACUGGGGUGGUCCGUGCCUUGGUGGUCGUGUAUGUACGUGUGCAAGAUACCUAUCAGUUUGUAUCCCUCCACACCUGAGGGUGGUUUGAGUAGAGUGGCCAGUGGUUUCCAUGGCAGAGGAUGGCAGGAGACUCAACCAGCACAUAACCCUCCCGGGGUCCCUGGGCUCCCACACAUACCUUGUUUCCUCGAAAAUAAGACAUCCUCCGAAAAUAAGACCUACUUAUAGGAAAGAUAAGAUGUCCCCUGAAAAUAAGACCUAGCGCAUCUUUGGGAGCACACCUUAAAAUAAGACACUGUCUUAUUUUCGGGGAAACAGGGUACUUCCGUCUACCUGUGACCCCACUGCUCCCCUGGGCAAUGGGUGGGUUAUUCUUUCCCCUUGGGACCUAUAAUGUCACUCCACUAUCUUUUUACUAUUUUAUUCUGGGAUCUUGUGAAAGGAGGUAAAAUAAGAUUUGUGAUCAACUGGGUCAGGAAUCUCAGUAUUCUGGGCUUGGGGUAAAGAGUGGAAAUGGGGCCCCAGCUGGGAAGGAUGGUGUGUUUGCCUUUGAGUGGGCAAAUCCUAGUGUCCUUGGGAACUAGCUUAUUCCCUAGGAAGAGAGGAUUAUCCUACAAGACUGUCUG